CCUGCGAGGGGCUGUGGGGUCUGCGCCGCUGUGGGACUGGGGCUGUGGGGUCGGGGAUCACUGCUGUGGGUUGAGGGCUUCUCGAUGCCACCCUCCCUGUCAGGGUAAGGCCGCUGUAUGGCUCCUGUUGGGAGCAGGGAGGAUUUGGAUGUUUUAAACUUGUUUUAAUCGGACUUCCAGGCGCUGGUGCAUUUUGUACCUGCUCCCUCCUGUGCUUUUUGUAAGGCUUUAGCUGAAAGCAACAAACCUGAGAGCUGCAGUGCGAGGCAGUGGAUCCGCUGCCCCGGGUGCUUCGCCCCGCACAGCCCUCUCUUCAGCUUCCAUCCCCGCGGGGCUACCAGCAGAGCAGCCAGUUCCCCGUGUUGUGUUUCCCUCUGGAGUGGAUGUCUGUCUGCAGGAAACCACCCGAGGACAUGUAUACCUCUGAGAAACCUUCUCCAACAAGAUACCUUGCUUCGAGACCUGGUUUGGAUUACAUGCGAAGAAGUUUCCAGUCAUGAGCGCAGAUGCCGAGCAGGAUGCUGCUAUCAAACUUGCCCAAGAACGAGCAGAAAUAGUUGCCAAGUAUGACAGAGGACGAGAUGGUGCACAGAUUGAACCAUGGGAAGAUGCUGACUAUCGCCUGUACAAAGUUACAGAUAGAUUUGGGUUUCUACAUCCAGAGGAGCUUCCUGUCCAUGACGCAGCAAUAGAAAAACAAAAACACCUUGAAAUUGAAAGGACCACAAAAUGGCUUAAGAUGCUGAAAAGCUGGGAAAAAUACAAGAAUACCGAAAAGUUUCACAGGAGAAUUUAUAAAGGAAUUCCAUUGCAGUUCAGAGGGCAAGUUUGGUCUUUACUACUUGAUGUCCCUAAAAUGAAAGAAGAAAUGAAAGACUUGUACAGCAAAUUGAAGUGCCAAGCACGAGGGUCUUCACCAGAUAUUAGGCAAAUUGAUCUUGAUGUAAAUCGAACAUACAGAGAUCAUAUUAUGUUUCGAGACAGAUACGGUGUUAAGCAACAAUCUUUAUUCCACGUUUUAGCUGCAUAUUCCAUAUAUAAUACAGAAGUUGGAUACUGUCAGGGAAUGAGCCAGAUCACAGCUUUACUUCUAAUGUACAUGAAUGAAGAAGAUGCCUUCUGGGCCUUGGUGAAACUUCUCUCGGGUCCAAAGCACGCUAUGCAUGGUUUUUUUAUUCCUGGUUUUCCGAAACUGUUGAGGUUUCAAGAACAUCAUGACAAAAUACUGAAUAAGUUUUUGUCCAAACUUAAACAGCAUUUGGACUCUCAGGAGAUGUCCACUAGCUUUUACACCACAAAAUGGUUUUUCCAGUGUUUCCUUGAUCGCACUCCCUUUACGUUAAGCCUCAGGAUAUGGGAUAUCUACAUACUUGAAGGAGAGCGGGUUCUCACUGCUAUGUCGUACACAAUUCUGAAGAUACACAGAAAACAUCUGAUGAAAUUACAAAUGGAAGAGCUUGUAGAAUUUCUGCAGGAGACUCUAGCUAAGGAUUUCUUCUAUGAAGAUGACUAUGUAAUAGAACAGCUCCAAAAUUCUAUAUCAGAAUUGAAACGAGCCAAGUUGGAUUUACCAGUAGCUGGUAAAGAAGACGAAUUUCCAAAGAAGCCGUUGGGGCAAAUUCCAUCAGGACCUCAGCCUGCUACGCUUAAUUCCACUCCAAUGCUUAAUGGACAAAAUAGCACUGGUACACAAACAAUAAGAAGGACAGAGAGGAGACCAUCUCCUGUAGAAGAACCAGAAAAUUCACCAAAUAACCGAAAAAGAAUUAAUUCUCUGGAAAAGCAACCUUCCUUAAAACAGCAGAAGUCUCGCCCGAUAGACACUCAGAGUAGUCAGUCUAAAAAUGAGGUUGAUGCCAGAAGAAAACCUCAGCUAACUGGGCAAGACAACUCAAAACAAUAUGAUAAUGCAGCUGCUAACCAAAAUUCUAAUGCUACUUCACAUACAAGAAGGGAAUUUGUACCUAAGUGGAAUAAACCAUCUGAUAUGAAAAUAAUUGAAAAGACUAUGAAACUUACUGCAGAGGUGAAAGGAAGGCCAAUAAAUAAUUCAAGCUCACCACCAAGUCCUACAGAAACACAGCCUUUGAAUGUAAAACAAAAGAUGAGGGUUUUGGAUGCUGAUGAAGGUAAGCGUGGGUCUAAUGCUUCACAGUAUGACAACGUUCCAGAAGCUGAUAAUGAGAGUGAGAAUCUUGUUGAAGAAAUGCUUGAGAGAGUUCAUCCACAGAGUCCUAGGCAUGUAGCAUAUACCAAUAGUCCAAGAAAACAAACUGAAAAAAUACCUGCUCCAUUAAAAAUGUCCAACAAUUAUACCUUUACUUCACAACCCAGAUCUCCAAAAUAUUCAUUGCAAUCUGAUGGACCACCUCAUGGACUAAACACAAAGCAGCUGCUGCCCUCUUAUAGCAAUCCUCCUACUUAUCAUGGAAAUUCUCCAAAGCAUAUCUCCAGCAUAAGCAAUACAAGUUCUAUACCUCUUCAUUAUCAUGGGAAUCGAACCAGCCCUUCUGGUAGGCCAUAUGGCUCUUUUAUUUCAGCAGAUUAUUCUCCUGAUAAAUUACAAGUGAAUUCCUAUCCUGCGGGUCGCCAAAAUCCUCUGUCACCAGCCCCUACUCGGAUAGAUGUAGCCCCUGUUGAUGCUUACACCAGCAACUUGAGGUCCCCUACAGGUGUCAAAUUCAUAAUGCCUCCAGUGGAUUAUUUACCAGAAGACAGAAAGUGGCCAGAUGCUGCUUACGUGUAUAGACAUGAACCUUACAGGCAGCCCUGGAGCCAAGACGUUAACAGGGGCCACUUGGAUAAUUUCCAGAAAUACCAGCAUUUUCAGUCAACACCUUUUCAAGACCAUAGUCUUCCUGCUGUUUCUGUGGAUAGCCCAAUAAGAUACAGGACUUCACCAACCUUUGAAGAGCAUGGUUCACCACAAUACCAAUAUUCAAAUCCAUCAGCUCAAGUCCAACACUACCGAAAUAGAAAUGAUGGAUUAUCUGUGCAUGAAUCUGUGCUUCUCUGAAAAUGUCUGUUCUUAUUAAAAUGGCAAGAUCCAAACCCAGUUAUACAUUACUGUGUUAGUAGUAGUCCACCUCAUUUCUUCUAUGAAAUGUGGACAGUCCAUGUGACUCUGCAAAAAAUAACAACACUAUUUCAGAGCUGUUUCAGACUUUUCACUGAAGGCUGGGUGAGUUCGUAGACUUGCAUUGAAGCUAUUGAAAGUGAUCUGAUGCACAUAGACAUAGCAAUAGCAAUAAGGUCAUAUACACGGUAUGGCUAAUACUGUCAUUUUUCCUCAAAUUGAAAUAACUUGUGUUAUGAUCUUUCUGCCUAAAACCUAACACAUUUGCAAGUUUUAUUUUGACUGACAUUGUUAAUGCACUGUAUUAAGUAUGUGUGUGCGUGAGUGUGCGCUUACAUACACAAAUGCAUCUGGAAAAGAACUAAAGAGCUUAAAUGUAAAUGCAUUUAACUUUGGACAGAGGUUGUGAAGUACUUUUAUUUCAUAUUACUUUGUCUUUAUAAUUUAUUUGAGAAGCCAUUCAUUUUGAAUGGGAAUUUCUGUCAUUUUUAUACAGCUGCCUCAGUAUCCCAGUAUCUGUUCUGAGCAGGAGAGAUACUUUGGGAUUAUUAAUUUAAAUUUAUGUGAGAGUUAAUUUCCUCUCCUUUGACUACUGUUUGUCAUUUUCCUCAGCAAGAAGGAGCAGGCAGGCAAGAGCAGAAAGCCAAAAACAUCUCUAUAAUCUGGCUAAGGAAUGGUGCUUAAAAUUCAGGGCAGUUUCUUAGGUGAAUUGAAAGUGGAUAAUUUUUACUUUUGCACCUAAAUCUACCUUCAGAAUGUCAUAUAUGCAAAAUAUUGGAGCCAGUAAGAGUAAUGCCACAUCCAGAAAAUGGUGCUGCACCCUUCACUUUUUUUUGCCAUGCUGUGCUGUCAAACUAAACAAAUUGGUUGCAAGGCCAAAUCUCAUAGGUAUCAGAGAAUUACUGGCUCCUUGAUGCUCUCAAGAAGCACAUGCAGGAGUUUGAGUCACUUGGUUGUGACUUGAUAGCCCCUGAGCUGUGUGCAUAUGCAGUGUCCUUUCUGUUAAGCUUUGUCAUGUCAGUUCUAUUUUGUUUCUCCCCCUUCUAAAGAGCCAGAGGACUCGUGUCUGUGAUUGGACAUGGGCUGCUGAGAGAAUGUGUUUUGUUUUUUUUUAAACUCUAAAAUCAACCUGACUGUUAAUAGGAAGCUUAGACUCCUAGUAACUGUUUUUAAUGAGUGUUUGCAGCCUCUUCUGCUUUGUGUUUUCCUUUCAUUGACUGUGAAAUGGGGUGGCAGAAAUGCAGGUUAGAGUGGCCCGUGUAGGAUGAGUGCCGGGUAGGAAGUGCUGGAUGCACCGACCUCUCAUUGAAGCCAAUGGGAGUUGAGGCAGAUAAGGAUCUUGCCAGAAGAGGUCCUUGGAGUGCUUAGCAGAGAGAUUUUCUGAUGCUUAAGGACCAAGCAUUGGUAUCACCAUCAGUUUUGGAUGGUUUAGAAGGUCGUCCUAUUAUCUUUUGUUCUGUAAGAUUUGUUAAUUAAAGACAUAGAAGUGGAUUAUUUUUUUUUCCUUUAAAGAAUGAGCUUUAGUGCCUAUUAUUGCUGCAGGUUGGCUCUGUAAGUUUUAAGGUACAGAAGUAAAACAAUUUUUACAAAUGGAAGUAACAUUUACUUAGUAUAUUUCAAAAACUUUUUGUGUAUAUGAUGUGUCUGAUGUAAUUUUUAAUGAACUGGGCAAUUUUAUAUUUUAAGGAUUGCAAACUGCAGCGAAGUAAUGGUAGCAAAGCACUACACUGAAACUCUAAAAUUGUGAAGAUAAAUAUGAUUUGGGAUUACCUUAGUUCUGAUUGCUUACAGCAGCUUAGAAAUGUAUGUAUAUAAUAUUGUGACUAAGUGUAAUAAUCUCAGUAUUUAACGAUGGUUCUGUAAUUCAUAACAAAGCUGUACAAUUUAUUUGUGCAAGCAACACAAAGCUCCAAAAUAUGUAUCAGCAGUAGUAAAUACUGUAGAUUUUUAUAUAUAAAAUAUAUACACACUAUUUUCUUAUGUCAUCUGCAACAGUUUUAUAACUGUGUAUCCUAUUUUGAUGUGACUGUAUUUUUAACAUGUUAAAAUAAUAAUAAUUAAGCUUC